CCGCCAUUAUAUAAUUCUCACAUUGCUGCGGAGAUGGCUUGGUCCAAGCCAACCUGAUAGUAUGACUUGCGAAAUGGUAAAAACAUUAUUUACUUCCGAGGGUGAUAUUCUUAGAAAAUUUGAGGGUGGUGUGGUUUACUUUGACAUAGCCUUCCGGACUGGCUGU